AGGCGACGAAAGAGGAAAGAGCCGUCUCUCGACUCUCGAGUCUCGAUUCUCCCCUGUGGGACUUAGUUUCGCAUCUGCUCUGGAGACGAUUUGCCACCGAGAGUCUCUCCAGCUCCCUCUAGACUCUGUCUGCCUCAGGUGUGCUUUGUUUUGAUAAGCAGUGGACUGCUUCAUGAGGUGUUAUUGGUGCAAGGUGUUGGUGAACUGUGUCUUUAUUGUCCAAGAGAAACGGCGCAGCCCCGUUGGACCAUGCCCGUGUAUGAGGCAGUCAUGACCGACUCUCAGUGUUUAUCGCCAGGGGAAGAGCUCGUCGUUGCCCCUACCCAGUUCAGCGAGGACGAAGGCGAGUCUUGUCCAGUGGGCGCCGACGUAGACGACGAUGAAUCCCGCCCCUUGCAGGAGACAGCGGAGGAGGGCUCCUCCGACGGUGACAAGAAGACCGGCGGCCCCGUCAAGCCGCCGUACUCCUACAUCGCGCUCAUCACGAUGUCUAUCCUGCAGGCGCCGAAGAAGCGCGUCACCCUGAGCGAGAUCUGCGAAUUCAUCAUGGGGCGCUUCCCCUACUACAAGGCCAAGUUCCCCGCGUGGCAGAACUCCAUCCGGCACAACCUCUCGCUGAACGACUGCUUCGUGAAGGUGCCCCGCGAACCGGGGAACCCCGGUAAAGGGAACUACUGGACGCUCGACCCCGGCGCCAUCGACAUGUUCGACAACGGGUCCUUCCUCAGGAGGAGGAAGAGGUACAAACGCCAACAUCCCGACUUCCUGAACGACCCGCACGUCUUCUCCCUGCUGGCCGCGGGGGUCGUCGACCCCUACCAUCUCCAUCACAGCCACCUGCACCAGCAGCAGCAGCAACAGCAGGCAGCAGCAGCAGCAGCAGCUGCUUCAGCGUUCCUGGGGCCUCACCCGAUGCUCCACCGCCCAGUGCCUUUCGCCCACCACCCGUACAUGCCACCGGCGCAGUUCCACGCCCAUCACGUCGCGCUCUCGCAGCAGGAGAGUUUCUUCAGGCAUCUCAGGGGAUCCUUGGCGCCUCCUAUUCAGAACUUACCUGCCCCUGCGAUAGUGAGUGGAGGACUGAAUAACGGAGGAGGGACGGGAGUCGUAGGGGGAGGAAGUCUCUUCGCGCCCACGCCCGUCAAGCCCGUGGUCACGACGUCCCCUUCACCCCCAUUGACGCGCCCGCCUCCCCGCCCGGCGUUCACCAUCGACGCGAUCAUGGGGCACGACAAAUCGCCUCCUCCUCCUCCUUCCCCAUCAGCGCCGUCGUCGUCGCCUCCGACGGGAAGCGGACCGAGCGCCCUGCCGGCCUUGCCGUUGACGGCCCUCAACCCGGAGCCCUUCUCCCGGCUUCUCAUGGCGCCGUUCCUGUCCCAGAAUCUCGUCAGACCGACCAUAGGAAGCGCCCUUCAGCGGCCGCCGUUGCCACCCACCUCGCUGCCUCCGUCGACGACGCGGUGAGGACAGAAGGGAAGAAGGAACCUCCGUCCGUCUCAUCAUCAUCGUCAUUCUUCAUCUCAUUCAUUCGACCGCUCGACGCCCUUUGGGCACCGCAUUGUUUUCUAAGUCAAUCAUUUUCUCUGCAUUGUUUUACGUUUCAGUUUUUUCUUCUUCUUUUUAUUAAGUGCCCUUUAACAGGAACAAAAGUUGUUUCAUGUUUGUUAUCCCAAUUUAUUGUUAAACUGUGCAGAUCGCUACAUUCGCCAUACUCCUGUGAAUAAAAAGACAUUUUUAUUAUAUAAAUAUUCAUUACUCUAAUUUUUCUAUAAAGAUAUUCACGAGUUUCACAUAAACACUAUUUUCAUUUUAUAAAUAUUCAUGAGUUUUACAUAAAAAUAAAAUUUUUAUAAAUAUUUAUGAGACUUACAUAGAUUAUUUCUUUUUUAUGACUAUAUAUGAAUUUUACAUAGACACUUUUUCCGUUUACGAUUUGCUUCGUCGAUGGACCCAGUGAAAAAGACAAAAAAAAAAAAAAUAAAUGUUUUUAUUUAACAAACCGUCCAAAAGAAGGCGACCAAGGCUCGAAGGAAGGUGCGUAAACAGACGUAAACAGAACACGCCCGCUGUAGAACGCUUCCUUUUGUCUCAAAACCAUCCUCUGUUUGUUAUGUUCUCCUCACGACAUUCCUCCAUUGUCACGCCUUUUGUAAAUCAAGUCAGUCAUCUUUCUUAUUGUAAAAUUUGUAAGUCUCCUAUUCUAAUCCUGUAAAUAUUCAACGGCUGUACAUAUUGUAAAUGACUUAUAUUAUCAUUUUUUUAAAAAUUAAACUUUAUAA